UACUUUAAAAAUCACAUGAAGAAACACACGGCAUAUAGACACUAAUAAAAACCUUUUUUUGGAGUGAAGUGAGGCCCAAACACCCCAUGAGUGAGGGCAAGGCUGAGGCGCAUUGGCUUGGAGAUGGGUUUUGUUUACAUGUCUUCUGUUACUGGUACAUGACAGAGCGAGGUGCAGUAAAAACUCCUUUAAAAAUGAUAUUUGGUCAAGUCCUGUCAGAUCAUAUGGCUCAACUCCCUACCUUGUUUGGAGGAAUUCUUACCUUUGGUGUGAAUAUACCGUGUAUGUGAGGAAAAGUGUUAAGUAAAAUGAAACCUACAGUAGUUUCAACAGUACUAUGUGAGAAAAAGUAAGCAAAGCGUUUCUGGCAUUUCUUACUGUAUUUUACUGGUAGUUAAACAGAUAACUGGAUUUUUCUGAAUAUUCCUCAUCCACUUCCUGCAGUAGCUGUUAAGAAGAAUCAUCGUUAGGUUUCAGGUUGAUGAAUCAGACAUAAAUAAGGAGAUUUUUUUAACUUCUCUCACCUAUGCGUCAUCACGUCAGGUAUGUGAUCUUCAAAUUGAUUUAUUAGCAAGAAGAAUCUAUAUGGCUACAUCACUUUUCAUAAUAAAACCAUAAAAUGUUAAUGAUAAAACUGUAAGCUGACAUCUAAAUGUACUCAAAGUAAUUUAGGUGUACAUGUUUAUGAUUAAUAAGUUGAUGUAUUACUUGCAGAGGAAAAAAGAUACAGAGAAUACUGAGAUGUAAUUAAAGCACAGUGACUUCCUUAUUGCACUGAACUGCUUUUCAGAAAAACAUUUUGUAGAUAUUCAUGUUUUUGUGAUGGUAUAUCAGUCUACAAUAUAACUAAUAUUGUCAAUAUUGCUUUUUGGUUUUAUUCCUUUUCUUACCCCUAAGAAUUAAAAGCAGAAAGGUAAUAUACUUGCUGAUUAAUAAGAUUACCUUUCUGAAAUGCUGUGGGGUAGAAAAGUGUUGGGUUAAUGACCCUGUAAGAACAAAUUUAAAUAAAGAUUGUACAAAUUGAAACAAGAUUAACUUUCCCAGGAAUUUUGUGAGAACAUUCUCUAUUCUUUCUUUUUCACUAGAGAAAGCUUUUUAGGCACUUGGCAAUGUUUCAGUUAAUUUUGAGGAUCACAGCAAUUUUAGGUGUGAGAACAGGAAGAGCAGCACGCUGAGGAGAUGUGAGCGGGUGAUAGAGCUGGAGUCUGUCAGUCACACAGGGAGUGCAGCAGCUUCUUCUCUCGUGUUAUUUGUCCAGUGUACCCUGUUCACAAAAGCAGUAAUUUUUAGUCCAUGCUGAGCACAGAAGCCAGUGCCAUAUACUAUUUCCCACAGUGCUGGAGAUCCAACUGUCUCAUUUAGCAACAGCACGUUUCCAGGACAUUUUUUUCUUCAUAUUCCUCUUCAUAAUGCCACAGCUUAAAAUGGCUACUAAAGGUUCACAAAAGUUCUUAGUGAGUGUUUAAUUCUGGGGCUUCUUGUGUUCAACUACCCUGUGUUUUCUCUGUGGUCUGUGCCACAUGCAGGCAGCUCCCGGAUCAGUACAGGAGAUCUACAGACAAGUCCUCUGCAGUCACGUCAGGAAUGUUGCUUUGGGCAAAACAUAAAGCAGGACCAGGAAACUUCACCUAACUCUAUGUUGAAUGCACCUGGUACAGGAUAGACAUAUUUUACCCAGUUUAGGAGCUGGAAAAGCACCAUCCAUUCGGUAAAAGUGAUCCUCAGGCAUUACAACAGCACAGCUUCUGAACAUGGAGCAAAUUGGUUUGUUACUGAUUCCCCAGUGGCUGGUAAGGGCAUCUUUAGUCAAAAAAAAAAAAAAAAAAAAAAAAAAAAAACAGAGAGGUAUGUAUCAUGCUAAAGGUGAAGAAAUUCUGUAUGUUCCAUACAGAGUUCAGCAAGGUGAGGCUAGUAUGAAAUCCCCCACCCAGAAGCUGCUAAGUACUGCCAGCUUUAGUGUGAACUCACUUUUUUUUUUUUACCACUAGAUGAGCCUUCCUGCAAUACAGGUAAAGAUGCAAGGUCAAGAUUUUUCUUUAUCUCUGCUCUACAAAUGAUUAAUCCAACAAUCAAUCCAACAUCACGGGUCUGGAACUAAUUACUUUCUGUCCCUUUGUUGCGUUGCUAUUGUGAUCCGAGCCAACAGCAAGGCACGCGUUAACUCCUGGAGGGAAGGCGAGUGCCUGGGAGAUCAGCUGGAAAUCAAGUGACGUGUUCUGUACCAGGUCUAAAAUCCGUCUUGUCAUGAACAUAUUACUGAAGCAGCAGAGACAAAAAUAAGGAAGAUUUCUUCCCUCAAACCACAGACUCAUCAUGUCUUAUUAUUACAAUGAAGCUUUUGAAAAUCCCGACUACCACUUCUCAGAGACACUGGAAAUUGAUAGAAACAGGAGAUCUCAAAGGAAUCUGUUAUCUCACCAAAACCCCUAUGAUUCUUCACCAUAUGGUAGAUACAGAGAGCCCAAUGGAAGAAGAGAGAAUUACUCUCCAGCCAUACCAAUGGCCUCUGUGAGACAUGGCUCUGAAUACAGAGAAAGUUUUCCAAGAGCUGAUGUCCAAAGCAGAAGUCCAUAUGGAAAAUUCUAUGAUAAUCGUUCCUUUGAGCCUGAGCCAGAAUGGGCAUACAGCCCACCUUCUCUCUUCCAUCCAUUGGAAGGCCCCUAUGCUUCGAGUUUUUCCAAUGUAUCGGAAGAAGAAAAGUUAGUUGAAAAUCUUGCAAGUAUGUCCACCCGUGAAAGGAUUAAAGCAAUCCAGAAAAUGCCAGAGACCAUGAAAAAAAGAGAGAUCAGAAAUAAUGUUCUUAAAGAAAUAACAGAAAAAUCAGGGAGACGUGGUACUCAACUUGACUGCUGUACACAGUGUCUGCGCAGAACAGAAGUGUCAUUUCGACGAUUUAGAAACAGUUUGUCAGAACAUUUUCACCAACUGUGGUUAUGGCACAAGACUCUGAAGAUCAUUGGUGGCGAGUUUGGAACAAGUGUUCUUUCGUAUUUUAUUUUCUUGAAGUGGCUGCUAAGUUUCAACAUCUUCUCAUUCCUCAUAAACUUCAGUUUCAUCACAGUCCCUCAGUUUAUUGCAGCAGAACCAAAUAACCUUUCAUUCAGGGGUCUGGAGCUGCUCACUGGAGCUGGUUAUUUUCAACAAACAGUACUCUACUAUGGCUUUUACACCAAUGCUACAAUCAGUAAAACGGAGAAUGGUGCAUCUUAUAACAUGCAGCUGGCCUAUAUUUUUACUGUUGGAAUAUAUUUUGUCAUCUGUUUGCUUAUCUUGUUGUUCAGCAUGGCAAAAUCCUUCUGCAGGAACUUCAUUAACCCUCAGACAUACUCUGGAAAUGCUAGCAAACUUCUCUGCACUUGGGACUUCAAUGUAACUAAUGAAAAAGCUGUGAAGCUGAAACAAAAGAAUCUCAGCACACAAAUAAAGGAAGGCCUCACUGAUGUAAACAAGGAAGUUCUAAAUUUUUCUGGAACAGAGAUACUUGUUCAUAUUCUUAUUCAUCUUGGUGCCUGGGCUGCUUCCCUGGGAAUAGCAGUGGCUGCUUGUUCCGGUGUUUACUUCCUCUCCAUUAAUAAUCUAGAGCUGUUUAUGGAAGGGCAUGAAAAUGACCUGGAGAGCCAAGCUGCCAUGUUGGUGCUACCAAUUGUUGCAUCUCUCCUCAAUGUGCUAAUCCCAUUCUUCUACUCAUGGCUUGGACACCUGGAGAAAUUUCAGAAUCCCAGAAACAGGACAUAUGUCACUAUUGCCAGAAAUAUCAUCCUGAAAAUAUCGAUUAUUGGAAUACUGUGCUACUACUGGCUUAACAUUGUGGCGGAAUCGAAGUCCCAGUGCUGGGAAACACUGAUUGGCCAAGAUAUCUAUCGUCUUAUUCUGGUCGACUUCAUAUUUUGUUUGCUUGGCUCUUUCUUUGGAGAAUUUUUACGAAGAAUUAUUGGAACUACAGUCUGUGUAAGCCUGGGAGUGCCAGAAUUUGAUAUUGCACGAAAUGUUUUAGAUUUGAUCUAUGCACAGACUUUGACCUGGAUUGGUAUUCUCUUCUCACCUCUGCUGCCUGGUAUCCAGAUGAUAUCAUUUUUUAUAGUAUUUUACACGAAAAAGGUCAGCCUAAUGAAGAAUUGCCAACCCCCUCGCCAAGUCUGGAGAGCAGCUCAGAUGACAACGUUCUUCAUGUUCCUGCUGUUUUUCCCUUCCCUCACUGGAGUCCUGUCUGUCAUUGCAGUUACUAUCUGGAGGUUAAAACCUUCAGAAGAAUGUGGUCUCAGAGGUUUGUCUUCUAUGUUUGCAGCAGUCUCUGAGUGGAUAAAAAUACUGGAAAAUUACACUGGCUCAAAAUGGGUAGUGUGGAUCUACAACAACUUAAUUACAAGUGAACUUUUCUUCUUCAUCCUCUCCAUCAUUUUCCUAAUUAUUACUUAUCUUUACUGGCAAAUAAUAGAAGGAAGAAAGACCAUGGUCAAGCUCUUACGUAAGCAAAUUGUUAACGGAGGAAAAGAUAAAAUGUUUUUACUUCGAAAACUCCAUUUACUAAGGGCAAACCAAAAUCCAUCUGUACCAAGAGGACGAGACCAGCAGGGAAGAUCUUCAUACCACCCAUCCAUGCAACGUGCCCAGCAAGAGCCAAACUACCCAGGCAGGACAUUUGACAGAAAUCAAAACGCAUCCUACAACGAGUAUCCCUAUUCUGCUGGCAUCUUGAAGGGGACUGGCUUCCCACCUGAUUUGGAGACAUCCCAGCCCAGCAGCAGCCCAGGGGUGUCCGAAGCAGUGGCACUUGCUCUACGUGCCAGACAAGCAGCACAAUGGGAAGAUUAAGAAGAAGAUGUAGAUUUCCAACUGCGAGCAGGCAGAAUCAGUGGUGAAUGUUGUCAUUGA